AGGUCUAACUUAGAGUUAAGGUAGUACUGAUCAGCUGACGAAUCACAUGCUUCUUGGCCAGAGGAAAGUGUCAUGGCGUUUGGAGACGAAUUUGUGCGUUUAAAUUAUCCAUGGGUUUUGUUUUUGGUAUUGGUGGUGUUCCUGCGAAGUGGCGAUUGUUAUAGUCGUAAGGUUUCUCUAGAAUACAACCCUGGCCUGAAUGACUCCUUGCAUUCUAGCUUAAAUGUAAAUCUCCUUCACAUCAGGGCUGUGGGGCACAAUGAUACAAUCCACUACAUUUGGAGCACACUAGGAACACCCACUGUCCUGGUAGUUCAUACAUCUGUGAGUGACAGUCAGCUGCACGUGGACUGGCAAAAGCUACUGAAUGAAAACCAAAGUGAAGCAAUUAAAAUUGAACCAGCUGACAGGGUGCUAUAUUCCACAGCUAUUCUUUUCACCAAGGUAUUUGAAUAUGACGACGUCAAAAACACAGCCAAUGUCACAAUGGCGGACAAAAUCUUCCCACCGUAUAACCUGGCAGACUUCACUUGGGAAGAUGUUAAUGCCACUCUUAACCACACAACACUGACAGCAGAGUUCAGUGGCCGUAAUGUCUCUGCAGCAGGACUUUUCAAGAAUGGAUCCAUUUCUUUUAAGGUAUCUGCAUUUGAAACAACAGGCCGGGAUGCUGUGCUUCCCCGUUUGCUUCACAAUGCAAACAGCUCCAAGAUGGAAUUUGUUGUUGACGGGGUGGUACCUCGGGGCAACUACUCCCGUUUUAUGUUGGAGAUGGUCAUUGUGGAAAAGAAAGCCAACCACAGAGUGAUGAAAUCAAUCCAUUCCAUAGAUGAUGAAUAUACCCCUUCAAUCUUUGAGAUGGCUGAACUAGUAGCAGUUCCUCAGAACAGCAGUGCAUUCCACAGCUUUGUCCAGUGGAAGGUGGUGGCAUACCAUUCUAGUAAAUACAUGCGUGAAGACUCCAUUCCCUGUGCUGACCAUGAGCUGCAGGUCAUAAACCAGACAUUUCCUUCAAAUAGUAUUGCAGGUGCUUAUUUUUCAGAGACCCUGGACAACUGUAACAUUGCUUCCAUCAAUAUUUCAUUUGGCAUUGCGGAAGGAGAUUACUACAAAGAUCACAACUUUCUCAGCUGGUCCAUUAUGAUUGGUUGUGGUAACCCUUUAGAAGAUACCUUUUCAAUUUUGGUCAUCUGUAUAAUGGCAGUUGGCCUGGGCACACCAGUUCUGCUUUUGAUUUUAGGAUGCGUUGUUGUUCGCAUCCUUCGAAAGGGCAAAUAUUCAGACUAUGGACCAAUCAACUAAGGAAGAGUUGAGAGUGCUGCUUUUUAAAGCAAUGAGAGAGACACUGUGCACUUUACAUUUUAUAAUCAGACUGACUCAUGAAAAAUGGAAAUUGUUUAUCUUAAGACUGGUUUCAGUUGCAACUGUUGACUGGACAUAAUGAACCUAUUAACUCCAAUUAAAAACUGCAGGUGCCUUUCAGAAGUCAUGAUUAUUACAAUUUUCUUUGGUGAUUGUGUUCAGUAAAGUACGAACCUUGUACUAUUCCAUGUAGCAUUACAGUAUAGAAGUCUCCCUUUUCUGGAGUGCUUAUUUGUGUGAUGCAUUGAAACUGUUGCAGUCUUUGGAUGAAGUCCCCUUCAUAACAUUCUCUAUGGAAUGGUGCUACUUUCUUUGCUCCAUUUUGAGUGCUGCCUGUGUUGGACCAUGUAGGGAGCAUUUAGAUGUAUGCUAGUUAUGCAGCAGUGCCACUUCCACCAUUUCUUGUUUCAUUUUGUGAAAUAUGAACCUCCCAAUUAUUUUCGCUUACAUGAUCUGUUGAUUGUGGUGGGUGAUCCUCCAGAUUAACAUUUAAAAUGUAGCUAUUGCUCUUGAGUUUUUGUAGCUGAAAUAUGGUUAUUUUUUAUGUAUCCUUCACUGGAGCAUGUUUCUUUUUGAAAAUGUGUAUACUUAAAUACAACAUGCUUUGCUCUCCGAUAAUUAGAUGCUUCUGUUUUGAGUGCCUAAGUAGCUGUUCCGUCUGAGAUGCUUCACAUGUUUGUUCCCAGGACUUCUGGCAGUAUCAAAAGCUUGAUCAAGGUCUAAAUGAGAUUUGUUUGAAAAGCUUACAUCUAGCAUUGUUUUCUUAGAAAUUUACUUUGUUCAUGGAGGUGUUAAAAAGGGUUUAUGAAAACAUGUGGAUCAAUGACAUUUGGCUCUGUGGUGAAGGCAGAAGAAACAGGCAAGGUAACACUGCACAUACAACUACCUUCCCAUUACUUUGCUGCAGAUGUGGAAUGUUUGUAUCUGUUUUUUUUUUUACCUGGCCCCUGUAGGUUUUACUUACUGACCACCUUGCCAACAGAUAUAAUGACACACAUGUUCCCCUUGUACGUUUCUUGGUUUACUGCAUUGUGGGUGCAUCCCCCUCUGCAAGAGAGUUGGAUUUUGGUCCCUCAGUGUAGGUGUGGCCCUGUAGUAGAAUGAGAGUUUGAAUAGAGAUUUGUCUCUUGUCCAUAAUGUGGAAAGUUCCCCUUCAAUCUGAAGGCUGCAUUUUUUUGCUAGUCCAAAUAAAGUUUAAUAUGUAGUCAGACACCAUACACAUCCUCUAGAUUUUGGCAUUUAAUCCCAUAGCCUUCAGUUUCUCCUAAAGAGUAAUCCAGAGUAAAAGAUCCAUGCUAAUCAUCAUCUGCUAUGAAGAAAAGUUAGUGUUCAGCUUCUUGAUCCUUUUUUUCCCUAUAUCCCUGACCCAUACAGCACCCAUAAGGGUGGUGAGAGCGGGUUACUAACUGCCACAAUAUACUGUCAUUCCUUCCGACCUAUGUACAUUUCCUCAUAAGUGUUUAAAGAAUUGCCCCUUAAUCAUUCAUUUCUUUGUUCUCUGGAUGGAAGUUAGGACAGAAUCUCUUCAACCUCUGGAUGUGCAUACCAACUCGGGCUUCACCCAAAAGCUCUGCGAAUUUAAGAAGACCAAGCAGUUUUUCAUCUUUGCUUUUAGGAGCAAAGGGCCGAUGGUUGCUUAGGGGAAAAAAAAAGAAAAAAAAAACUUUGCUAGUGGAUUACCUUGUAUCAAGGUUUAACGCCUACUGGAAAAAUUAAAGGCAGCUCACUAAGGUGCUACUGCUUCUAGUGAUUGCUCCAGUAAUGAAUUCAUGGUUCAAUAUCUGUCUUUAUUGUGGCCACUUGGUCCUUGGUUCACAGCUUUAAGCAUUAUCUUCUUAGCCGCAGCUCUAAAAUUCUAGACUUUGAUUAUUCUGUACUUCUGAACUUUGCCUCUUGAUGUUUCACCAUAUGGUUGCCAUCCAUGUUCUUCAACCUUCAUGGAUUUGCUGCUUCUGAUUUAUAUCAGAUGUAGACCCUUUAGAGAUCACCAGUUUUAGGGAUAUGUUUUUGUAUUAUUGCCCUGUGAUUGAAUUUCCUGGUUAGGUUUCAGAUACCAUUCCUCUAUAUUCCUUUGUGCUUGGAUGUUUGCUUUAUCAAAACGUGGAUUUUGGAAAGUGUUGCAAGUCCGAAGUAUGUACAUGUAUUUUAAAUAUCUUUUUUUUCCCCUUUAUGUACAGAAAAUGUAUUUAGUGCUUUGAAGGUAACUGACAUGCUUAGUUUAAUUUCCAAGUGCUGCACAUGCCACUGUGGAAGUACAAUGGCUUAAGGUGCCCCCUCCAAGCAAAUGAAAAUGCAAUAAGUGCUAAACUUUGGUGGAGAAGUGGAACCAGUCUGAAAAUACUAUUGGAAUUACCUCUGUUCCAUCUAUUCUUUGCUAUUUUAUCCUUUUGUUCACUGUAAUACAGUUUUCUGAAACUACAGCAUGUAAUGUAUAUACUUCUUCCAUCUUCAAGUACAGUAGACUCCCACUUAUCCAGUCUUGCUGGGACCGGACCUUAGGCUGGAUAAAUGAAUGGCUGGUUACAGAAAAAGCAUACAAAAUAGCAUAGGUUAUAAAUCUGCUAGAAUAACAGGAUUUGUAUUUAGUAUGCAUUUUUCUAAUGAAUAUGAAGUCUAAAACUCAAAUGUCUACCAUUAUUUAGCCCGGGGAGGGGGGUGUUGUUCUUUUGUUGUCUUUUGCUAAGGCUACGGCAGCAAUUUGAUGACCUGUUAGAGAGGCCAGAUGAGGGAGUCUACUGUAACUGGAACCUUCAACUGCCCAAAGGCAUGGUCAUUUCAACUAAUGACAUCACAACAUUCAGAACUUCAUUUGUUAUUACUAGAACCAAAACAUUUUCUUGCUCAUUGGAAUCCUUAUCCUGUAGUUAAACACUUCUACCUGCAUUGUUUCUUUGCCUGUCCUUGGAAUAUCUGUCUUCCAAUCUAUCACUGUCAUAUUUGUCCGCAGUCUGUUUUCUUAUGCUGUCUUCUAUAAUCUGUCAUUCUCCUCACUGUCUCAGUUUCACCUGAUAUCCUGUACACCGCCUAACCACCAAGGGAAACUCUUCUACUCCUCCACACUGAAAUUCAUUAUUGGGAUUGUCCUGCUGUAUACUCCCAUACCUAAAAUUGUUAGAGAGACUUCUGUUGUCUUUUAGUGUAUACUCUUCUACAUUUUGUACAUUUUCACUGGCAGACUGCUUCAAGUCGCCUCCCAAAGAAUGUCCUUGAACAUCAUAUUCAGGCAUAACAAUCUUUCUGUUUUAGCAUAUCGUGCCCAUCUGGUUAUUAGCCUUCUGCUCUUCACGUAAUUGCCCCAGUCAAUGACUCUAGAGUUUUGUGCUAAGCUGUCUCUUGCCUUCUUAUUUUAAUUUUAUUGUCACGGUUCAAUUGUCUCUCCUUACCCUCUUAACACAUUAAUUUUCCUGCUGUUUGUGUAUCCUGUCAGGGUGCCCUACUCUUCAGUGUUUAGUGAUGGCUCUUGUAAUUAAUGAACCAAGGGAUUAAACUACAGAACUUUGUUAGGAUGAUGGUAGUCUGAAGUCCCUAGAAGAUGGCAAAGUACGAUGGGGUUUUUGAUGUGUGGUAUCCUUUAUUGUACCCCAAGUUUGAAUUAGUUAAAAAUUCUUAAUGCAAUGGCUUCAUUAUUUAUCCAUUCUUUAUAAUUCAGUUCAUAAAAGCCAACAAUUGAGCACUUGCACCUAAUGACUUAUUGUGGUAUGAUGAACUACUUGCUUCUAGGUCAGAUAUGAUCUUAUUGACUGACUGUCCUCAAAAGUGAGAGCUGAAUUUAAUUUACAUAAUAAGAUUGCCCGAGACCUCAUGAGACCAUACCACAUCUUUUGUUAAAGGCUUUUUAUUGGAAAUGCGGUAAGUGUUUCCCUGCUUCCAUCUAACUAGUAAGAAUAUUCCUAAAACAUACCUGCCAUUGUUGAUGUGUAUAAAUGACUACCUGUUCCCAGAACUUUAGAUGAAAAUACCAACAGUUGUGGACUGGAAUGUACUAUUAUGGCUUGAGAAAGUAACUUUGACUAAGGACCUUUUGUUAUUACUGCAUUCUAAUCAAGACAAGGUUAUACAUGAGCUUAAUUUAAUGUUUAUAGUGAAGUUGGUAGUGACAAUGGCCCUUGGUUGAAGGUGUGAUGACAUGUAUAGCUUCUUUUUUUCAAUAAACAUCUUUAUUAAAGUAUCAUAUAUGA